GAAGCCGACGAGCCUGUGAAAGUUAAGGAGUGGUAGCUGCGGGACCGUGGACAGCCGGGUUCGGCGAAAGAGCUGCCGUUGUGUAUAGCCAAAAGAAAAACUAGCCAAAAAAAAAAACAAAAAAAAUCCCGUCCAGUGUACAGAUCGGAUAAGUGUUCUGUGCUCGUCGUCGUUUGAUCUGUGUGCAGUGAAAGUGCUUUCAGCCGGCAAGCUGGCCAGACAAGGAGUUUGUUUCAAACAUAUUACGAACUGUUCAACAUUACGAAGGUGGUCAUGAAAUUAGAAGUGAGGAGUGCGGCUAGCUUUCUUACCAACCUACUCAGGUUGGGAAAUAGUCUGACCAUGGUUCAAUUGGAACUGUUUCAAAGAAAUUUAGAAGAACUACUCAGGCAUCAUUAUCAGCAACAUUGGUUCCCCGAGAGGCCCUGCAAGGGUUCGGGGUAUCGAUGUCUCAGGAUCAAUCAUAAAAUGGAUCCUAUCAUAGCCAAAGCAGGCAGUGCUUGUGGCCUGGAUGAGGCUAGUCUACGUCAGUUGUUUCCCAACGAGUUAACGCUGUGGAUAGAUCCUAAAGAAGUGUCUUACAGGAUUGGUGAAAAUGGCAGCAUUUGCGUUCUGUACGACGGAACCAGUAACCAUUUUUCCGAAAGUAACAUCGGUCACUAUUUCCAUAGCAUGGCUUCCUCGCAAGAAAUGGGAAAUAGUUACCGGUCACAAGUGAUGAUGGAUGGCCACCAUUUGAGCAAGUUUCCGAGACCGAGUUGCAAGGAUACCAUCAGGGCAUCCAAAGGAUGGGACUCCUUCAUCAUGGACUCCAGGAAUGUCGGUCUGGAACAACUGGCGGCAUACGUCUCCAGCUAAGGGUAGGUUUUUCUACUGCCAAACAUCUCUCACACAAUCACACCUGUCUCUCUCAUCAAAAAAACUCUUUUAAAAAAACCCACCAAUUCUGUUUUCCAGUCCCGAUCGGACUUUUUUACUCGGACGACGAGAUACCAUACUCAGGGGCCCCUUGUACAGUAGGGCUGUUGAAAAUGGCAACCUAGUCGUCCCAGUAAUAUUUUAAACUAAAAACCCUUAACUUUCAGGGAUUAAAAUUCCUAGAAAUUAAAAUUUAUGUGGGGGAAGAAAGGCCAAAUCCCACAGUUAAAGUACAAUCUAUUUGUGUUUUUUUUCUCAUGGGUUGAUAGUACAAUAUACUCGAAACCAGGGACCACAGCUCUCGCUUUAGCUCGCCGACGGUGCAAAAUUCGACGUUCCCUCCUUACAGUCUGUUGCCAGUGGACAAACCUACCAGCUGCAGCUCGUAUAAUGUGAUUAUUGCCGCCAACGCAAGAUACCAAGCACCUCGGCGAACGAAUGCAAAAGUAUCUCUGCAAUGGAAGACACGAAGCCUAAACGACUGUGAUCUGUUUUUCUUUUUAAACAACAAAAUACAUCUCCACCUACUGCGAUCAACAGAAUCGUUUAGUCGUUUUUUGUUGACUUUUUAAACUAUCAUGUUUUUUUGUUUCGUUUUUUAUUCAUCAUCCAAGAAAAUGUCACAAUCCAUUGUAAUGUGUGUAAUGUCUCGCGUUGACGCCGUUUGUUGGCAUCGUGUUGUUUCAUCCAGUUAAGUUUGGAUCCGACCCGUCGACAGGGAACAGUGAUAGAAACACCAGCCAAUUUUCUAUAUGGGGAUUAUGUAAAUGCACCGUCACAGGCUGAGCUGACCUUUGACAGGCAGUUAGCCUUAGAUCAAAGGUGAGAUGCAAGUGGGAAGGGGACGCAAUGAUCUCAGGGAGAAGGACUUGUGAAGUCCUCUUCCGCUUUUAUUAAUUUUCAAGUCCCCGUCGUUUCUGGCCUUAGUUUUUCCUAUUUUCUACAAGAUAACAACAAACCGACAGAGCUUUUCUUCUUGUUUCUUUACUCCUUUUUUUUUUUGCUUUCAAGACGGGUGUUGCCUGUAAGAAGAGAUACCGUAGCAGCACAAAAACAGUCAUUCAAUAUUGUAGAGUUUCUGUGGAAUGUUAUAUAUAAGUAUAUAUAUAUUAUAAAACCUUAUGUAUAAUAUAUAUAUAAAUAUAUAUAUACACGCAUCUAGAUAAGACCGAGUUUCAGGGGUAAGCAAAAGCAAAAUUUGUACUUUUUGCGUGCAUUAUUGUCUUUUUUCAUUUUAAAAAAUUUCAUAAUAGCUGUUGCAGCUUAUCUUAUCGACCAUCUUGUAAAACUUCCACGGACUAAGAUAGCUGAAAAAAAAAUUGACUGUACAAUUCUUCCUGUAUAAAAACCUGUAAAAAUAAAAAAUAAGAUAUUUUGUGUGUACAGUGGCGUAAUAUAGGAGGUUUUGUACAGUGAAAAAAACCAAAUAAAAGUUGUGGAUAUUGCAAUUGAAA